UGGAAUUCGGGCGCACGUUGAGCCUAAAACGGAGUUGGAAUGAGAAGAUCCGAACUGAAAAAUAAGCUUACAGAGAAGGGACACACACACAAGUAGAACGUGGACAACGUCUGGCUACCGCUCUCCUCUCAACCAUACAACCACCAUCCAAACAUGCCAGCUCCCGCUCCAUUCACGCCUGUCAAAAGGCAAUUACUCAUUAGCGAUUUUGAUGAAUCAUUCGCUGAUGCAGACACAGACAGAUGGACGUUUGAAUGUCUUUCACUUCCACUUCGACGUAAAUUUCAAGAUAUUGGUGAAUCAGGUACGAUGCAAUUCACAGAUAUGUGUUCGAUGCUCUUGAAAGAAUUACACGCUCAAGGUGUUGAUGCACAACAAAUCAUCGAUGCUCAAAAGAAGCUUUACUUGCAUCCUGCUAUGAUUCGUGGUGUGAAAGCUUUGAAAAGUUCUCAAUCACCUAAAACGGAAGCGUUCUUGUUGUCCAACAGCAACUCUGUUUAUCUACAAACAGUCUUGGAGGCAAACGGAUUAUACCCACCCACUUUCGACUUAUUCACUGAAAUUGUCACCAAUCCAGCCAAAGUGGAAGCAAACGGUUUGUUAAACCUAAGCAGACGAGUUUCACCUGAUGGACCUCAACAUACGUGCAAAGUUGGAUGUAGUGCAAACAUGUGUAAAGGAGACGAAUUGGAAGCAUACCUGGAAAGACAUGAUGGAAGACAGGCAUACGAUCGUUUGAUUUACUUGGGAGAUGGAUCGAAUGACUUUUGCCCAGUCUUGAGAUUGGGAAAGAAUGAUGUUGCCCUUGUACGAAAAGGAUAUGGUCUGGAAAGAAGGAUCAAAGCUGAGGGAGGUGUGCAAUGCGACAUUCGAUACUGGCAACACGCUUGGGAGGUAGAAGAGCUAUUCAAUGCUCUUCGUGGUGCAUAGUAUGAUCAAUUUAAGGAAUCUAUCCUUUGUCUGUUGAGCACACACUGUAUGAUCUUUUAUAAGAUAUGUCAAUGAUUAAUUGUACAAAUACAUGCUGUUGGAUACUUUUU